AAGAAUAAAACACAGAGAACAGGAGGGAAACAGGGUCAGACUGGACUACAGGGGGACAGGAAUAAAAGGGAAAAUACAGAAAAUAAACUUAAAUAACAAAACCAGGAAAAAACUAAAUAAACAGAUAAUAAUUAUUAUUAUUAUAAUUAUAAUUAUAAUGUCAGACUCAUGUUUUAUUGAUCCUUUCUUCAUAACUUGGUUAUUUUCUUCCUCAGAGACCUGACCUCUGUCCUCCUCCUGGGCAGACCUGGACCCGGGUCUCAGUCUUCAUAAUAACCCCUCCUCUCCUCUCCUCUCCUCUCCUCUCCUCCUCUCUCUUAGUUAAUGACACUCCAGUUGCUCCAUUCAUCAUUAUUUUCCGGCCUUUUGAUUCAUAAAAUCCCGCCUCAGAGGAGCAGCCCUCUGCCCCGCUGCAAACAUAUCAAUAACCCCACGGAGGGGGAAUUAUGACCCAUCAUGUCCACAGGAGCAUCACCCACAGCCGGACCACAUUUCACAGUCACGACCUGCAGCUCCAACAUGACUCAUAAACCUCCACGGGGAGCAGAAAGUGCUGAUGGCAGCUCUUUUAAUUCAGAAAUAUUUACAGGACUCUCUCCUGCUCACUGACUGGAGCAGUAUCGAUCCGUUCAUUCACCUUUUCUCUUUUUUUUCACGCCUCCGAUUCAUCAAAUUGGCGUGACCUAUCGCUACAGGAGCGCGAGCUGUGAGGGAUCCCCGCCCCGGAGGAUAUAAAACAGGAGGAGAGAUCCCAGCCCUGAACCUCGGACACUCUCAUCCUCUCUGCAGGACUCCACACCCACUCCACACUCACAGCAUCUCUGAGAUCAUGAAGGUAAGAACAGCACUUUGCUUUCUUUCGGAGGAGAAAUCGGAGUUUUUAGACACACUUAUAGAUUCUGUUUCUUUUUGCCUCAUCUCACCUUUGGAAACUGAAUGACUGAAAGCCCUAUCACCGAGAAAAAUCCUCAUCCACACUCCAAACUGCUUUUAUUUGAGCGCGAAACCACCGAUCUUCAGUUUUUACGCAUCUUUUACCAGCUGAGGAAAACUCUUUUAUAUCCGGGCAAAGUUCUUAUUUUAUUAUUUUAUUACUUUCCAUAAUACAAAAACUUUCCUUAUCAACAUUUUUCAAAUCAUCACAAGUUUGAAGUUUUUGGUUUUUAGGUGAAAUGACUCCUGAUGGGCGCAUUCUGUGCGUAAUCCUCAUUUUACGCGUGGAAACCCUCGCGCCAAAUCGAGCGUUAUUCUCCUGUAGGACUCAGAAAUGAUAAAGUUUAACAUUCAUGUUUUCUCCAACAGGGUUUAAAGACGAUCACACUCACUUAUGUUCUCACCCUCCUACUGCUGGCCUCCUCUAUCUCACUGUCGCGGAGCGCACCGAAGGUAAAGCUGAAUUUCUCUGUUUUUAUUCAUCUACUAACUCAAGUUUUCACCGAAGGGAAAGAGUCAGAAAGUGUCAGCCUACAGAAGAACCGGGUCACGAACAGAAUCAGCCGUAAUCAUGUCUUUCUGUCCUUAUUUCAGGGAUCUUUCCAGCGGAGAAACUGGACCCCACAGGCGAUGCUGUAUCUGAAGGGCACGCGUGAGUACUCCGCUGAUUCACCUUCAGAUUAGACACUCGGAGGAGAGACAAGAGAGCUUCAUUUGAAGUAGACUGCACCACAUUAUAAAGUGAAUGAAUAGGGACUCUUGUAAUUAUAUACUCCGGUGAUAAAAGAAUAUUAAUUUACCUGAUAAACCCGGAUUAAAGGUCUCGGUGCCAAAACGCUCCUUUGAGACUAAAUGACACAAAUACACUAAAACAGACACAAACUCCUCAAAACAGUAAAAGCUGCUUUCUCUAAUUUUCUUCCAGAGGGACGCAGGUUCAUCUCAGAGGACCGAAAAGAAGGAGACGUCUAUGACACAUUACACUUAGGUACAAACUGAACAGAAACAUGAAAUUAACAGAAAAAUAACUUCAAUUCUGGGGAAUAAUCUAGAUUACAAACAGGUUUGGAGAAGGACUGAGCAGCACUGACCUGUGACACAAACUGGAGUCUGUGUUUGUGGCCUUCAGAGCUCAUCUGGGUUCAAGUCUGUCAGGAAUAAUCCAUGUUCAGAGUUUGUUUCUAAUCUAAGAUAAUCUGUGUUUGCUGUAGGAUCUCUGACAUACAGACCUGUGUGUUUGGUUCCUUUAAUAGAAAUAAUCUGAGUUGAAACACUGUCAGAGUUCACCUGAGUUUGGUGUUUGGUGUCAGAUAAUCCAGAUUGAGUGUUUGACCCUGUCUGAGAUUAUCCCCGUGUUUUUUGGUCUCGUUCGUCACUUCAUCACAAAUGUUCUGUUUAUAGUCAGAGUUUGUUUUUUUGUUGGAGAUCCUUAAAAAUCCUGAAGGAAACGGUUUUAAUCUGGAUUAGGUGUCUUUGAUGAUCCAUGUUUGUAUUCAUGAUAAUCUGUAUUUAAUGUUUAUAUCCUCACAGAUGUCUCUUGAGUUUCACGUUUGAGAUAAACUCGUUUACUUCCUGUUGUCUUUAAGAGGAAACUGAGUUCAGUCUUUUUUUGGUAAAUCUCAUCUCUGUUGUUUUGGUCUUUUACUCUGAAAAUCCAGAUAAUCUGACAGAGUUUGGGCGGUGGCUGCGGUUGUUGCAGGAAUCAUCGGUGUCAGCUGUUUGUCCGCUGUUUUUAUUUCUUUCAGAGACUCGCAGUCAGAACACGGAGAAGCUGAGCGUGGACCAAGCCGCCACCGUCCUGCUCAACUUCCUGCAGCAGGCGAGAGGAGAGGGAGGUGAGGGACGCGUAUCCGCCUAGAUUCACUCCUCAUCUGAGAGUUAGACUCGUUUUAUUAAAGCUCCUGUCAGGAACUUUACGGCGCCCCCUCAUGUGUCAUCUCUGACUGCAGACGGUUUCUUCAUUUUUAAUCUUCGGUUUGGAAAAUGUAAAAAGAGCGAAAAGAAUCAACAGAUUUGGAGAUCUGCUGAAAACGAUUAUUGGGAAGAGUCACUGAUAUGAUCUUUAAUAGAAGAUUUUAAAGGUGAUUUUAAUGUUUUUAAUUAAAGGGUCGUGUUUGUUGGACGGAUUAAACCUCCCGAACUCUAAAAAAUCUGUUUUCACAGUCAUAAAAAUCUCAUUUCAGAUAAAACCACCCUCAUGCUUGCUCUGUGUUUGAGUUGUUUGAACUUGAUUUUUCCUCUAUUUAAACUCAGUUUAAUCUCUUUCUGUCGUCCAGCGGAUGAAAACCCAGAUGAGGUGUAUUUCCAGGAGCUGCCGGUGUGGAAGAGAGAAUAUUUCUGAUCCUGGUUCGUCGAGGGAAACAGCUGCUUUUGUAAAUACUGACGGAGAAAGUUUCAAAUGUUCUGUUUUAAUAAAAAGAUCAUGACUUUA